ACGGCAGGUACGCUCCAGACCUUUCGCGGGCGGGUUCGGAAUUCCCUUUUCCGUGACUAUUCUUUACUUAACACCUCCUCACAGUCUCCUGGUUCAGAACAGAGUUCUGACCCAGGCACUUCUCCCACGCCUGAGGAUGCUGGUCCUGCUGUAGAGUUGGACUCCUAAGGACAGCAGGAUGCGAGUGGAGGAAACUGGAAUCCCCGGGCCUCAGGACUGAGGUUUAGAUAUGAAUCAAAGCAGUGAAGGUUGUAUGAAAAAGAUUAGCAAUGUGAAUAUUGACAAGCUUAUAAAUGACUUCUCACAGAUAGAAAAGAGAAUGAUAGAAACCAGUGGAAAGAACAAUAUACUGGAUAUGCAGUUGGAAAAAGCUAACUGUUUAUUGAAAGUAAUGCAAACAAAGGAGGUCGCAAUUAAAGAAGAAUGUGCUACUCUUCAUAAUAUGAUAAAAGGGCUACAACAGACCAUUGACUAUCAACAUAAUUUGAAAGGUGAAAAUGAACAACUAAAAAGAAAUGCUGAUCUUAUGAAAGAAAAGUUAAAAACUCAUGAACAGGAAUAUAAGAAUAGUAUUGCCAAACUUAUGAGUGAAAUGAAAAUCAAAGAGGAGGAACAUAAGACAGAAAUAACAAAACUUUAUCAAGAUAUGCAGAAAAAAGUUGAAUUAAGUGAAGAAAAGAAUAAAGAACUGAUAGAGAAAAAGGAGGUGGAAAUUUCAGAGUUAAAUGCAAAGUUAAGAACUCAAGAAAAGGAAAAACAAAAUGAAAUAAUCAAACUACAGCUAGAGUUUGAUGCCAAACUAGCAAGAGUUCAAACUAAGUCAAAAUCAUAUCCAGAUUCUACGGUUUUGCCACACAGUAUCUACAGAAGGAAGCUUCAGCAUCUUCAAGAAGAAAAAAACAAGGAGAUUGCAAUUCUUCGUAAUACCAUUCACGAUUUAGAGCAACGCCUCUCUGUUAGCAAAGAUUCUCAAUUUAAACUUGCUGGCAAAGAUUAUCACUUUAAGCGUAGACGGUUUUGAGUAUGGAAGUAAAUUCAUUAGUUGCUAUUUAAUUUCUUUAAAAGCAAUUGAAAAUUCACUUCUAUUGUCAAUAUAACAUACUACCUAAGUAAUUACAAUGAAAACAAAAAGACAGCUUUAAACUUCAUUGAGUUU